AUGUCCCGACAGGAUGCAGACACAAACACACGGUCUCGCCCACGGGCAAACACUAAUUUUGCUCCUUUCAACUGGCGGCGGCAACGCACAGAACCAUCGACGCCGGCUCAGACAACGACGACACUACCAUCGUUGCCUCUUGAAGCCCUCAUCUCAGCAUUGACGCCGCCCUCGCCACCCAAUACCGAUUAUGCUCGUGCUCUAGCGGCGAUGCUGCCUACGCUGUCUCCACUUCCUCCAUAUACGCUUCUAAACCCUGUUUUGGCUUCCCUUUACAGCGCCACUUCUUCUGAAGCAAACCAGGUCGCAGGAUUUGACAUCCUCUCGGCAUAUUGGGAAAAUCAUGAAGCCCCCACCCUUGGGACUGCGGAUAGAAUAUCCUUCUUCUCGUUCUUCCUGGGAUCCAGCAUUUCGUGGAGUAUCGAUUUAUGGGAACCCAGAUUCAAGGCUCUGAGAGCUUUGACAAAAUACGGAGUGGAAAUUGUCGGGAUUGAAACGAUGUUCCUCAAAGUUCUCAAAUCCUGGAUCAUGGGCGCAUUCGAAGGACUGGGCACGGAGACCAUUUCUCAUCGUGAAGAGUUGGAGCGAGAACGGAGUAUCAGUGUUCUGUCCGGAUUUCUUACAUCGAUUGCCGACAAGCCAGAAAUUGUUGCUCGAAUUUCAGAGUCAGAAUUGCAAGGCGUGGUGGAAUUCUAUGCUGUACUCGUGGAUCGUGUUAUUGACACACCGGGAGACUCGUCUACGCUUUCACCACUACCGAUUUCCGACCAGGUGUCACACACCACUACGCCAUCGCGGUCCCCCAAUGCGCACAGGCGACACGCUUCCUCGAUUUCAAUAUCCUCUCUACCGUCACCUACCGUUUCGAUGUCGCCUUCGUUACCACCUACACCUCACCCCUCAAAGCAGCCGGCAGACAUUGCGAUUGGUCUGUAUUUGAAGCAUCUCGACUCGCAAAUGAGGUCUCUUUCUCCGUCGUCAUUGACGUCGAUUCUCCCGCUUCUCUUCCGAGCCUUGGCCUUUUGUGCGACACCUCUACCAAGGUUAACGGUCUACUCCCAGGCACUCAAAAAACAUCCAUCAGAGGAGAAGAUUGAAGGCAUGCUCGAUUCCCUGCUCGCUGGACUGUACUCGUCGACCUGCAUCAUGAUUUUGAAGCAGCAUCUGUACCCUUCGCCGGCGCUACUGAACGCAAGUCGCUUAGAAGAGGCUCAAAAUGGUUCCCCCAAUCGUAAGGACACUCGGAUCGACCACCGUGAGAUAUCUAAGGCCAUCCAGACGUCUUUCGGUGCGCAGCGCGCCUUGCGGAACCAUAUUCGUCGAGCCCUCAUCACCCGACUUGCGCGUGCGUAUAUAUCUCGACAGAGCUCGCUGAGUUACGCUCAUACCGGUGCACCAGGGAACAUGGAUAUUGAGAAGGAUCUUUUGGAGAGGGCGUGGCCAAAAGAUGACGUUGCGUUGAAUGGAUGGGAUGCGUCGCGGGUGGGCAGAGCGAUGGCAGGCAGCGUUGAAUCUUGGAUCAUCUUCAAUGCGGGAUGUGACUUGGCAGGGUUUGAGGCUGGUAAGGAGAAGGUGCUGGCUGAAGCGGCGGGUACAUUAAAAGAUAUCCUCCAAGAGCUUGACGAGCGAGACUCUGGUAGUGGCUCGUUUGAAGAGGAGGAGGCUAAUGCUGUAGGAGAAACGUUGUAUAGUCUCGCGGGAUAUGUCAAUCCCCUCGUAAACGCGGACGGUACGCCAUUUGUGGUACCGCUUGCGCAGCCCAACAAUGCUCCGACGGCUUUCCUCCGCAUUCUCAGCUCUCUGCUGGCGCGUGAUCAUUCUACGCAUCUCCGACCACUGCUUUCCUCGACUCUCCUCCACAUUUCUGAUCAUCUUACUGAUCUUGAUGCUUCGAGGCUUCCCACAGUCAUGUUGGGGCAACAUGAUAUAUCUCCGACCUGUCCUGAUUGGCUCGACAAUUGGAGGACUAUGCUGAACAAUCCGGUCAUGGUUAGUGCACGGCGGCCGAUAACGACGGCGUCGGUGAUGGUUGCGUUGGCGAAUGUGUAUGACAGUGUGAGGGACAUGCGUGUGUACAGACGAGCGCUGGCAGACGUGGUGUAUGAGCAUCGUCAGAAACGUGGGAACGAAAGCGAGACGGAGGAAUGUGAGGCGAUGUGGAAAAUCCUCGGAGACGAAGUUGUCCUGCGGAUCGUCGAAGCGUCGGGAGAGGACGAGAGUGUGGACAAGUUUCUUGAUCUGCUGUUCAGCUUUGCAGUGGACGAUGAUGAUGAGGAAGAUGGGGAUACCGUUUCUGUGGGUACGGCUGAUACACACUCGCCGUCACCACAGAUUGGGUACAGUGCGCCGGCGAGGCUGCACGGGGAGUAUCGCGACAAGGAUGUUGGGAUCAUGUCGAUAAUAUCUUCUCUGGCUGCUGGCUCGGUGUCUCGUGCGCAGUCUAUCCAUCCGCAGACUAUCGAAGAGACGGCUGCUGAGGCUCAGCCUGAGCCGCAUGAGAGCACGGCGUCGCGAGCUGUCGGGGCGGUCACGGCGCUGAUCAGUGUGUUUAGUCAACUGUCGUUCACUCCAUUUUCGUUGAGCAACGUGGAUCAUGCGCUUUCUGUGUAUGAUACUCUGAUUGACAUCCUUCAGAGAGUUAAACAUGCUCGGGUACGGCUGACGGUACUGCAGUUUUUUAUGCGACUACGGGCUGACCGGGACCACCGGGUGUACUUUAUGAAGACGGGGUAUGAUACGGAGGGACAGGUGUCUAUGUUGGCGGCAUCUAUAGCUCGCGUGCGGGAGGGGACGGAGCAUGGCGUGCGGGCGGGGCCGUAUGUGGCUGAUGCGGUGUCCGAGCUCCGGAAAGCGCGGGCGCGUAUGCCGCAUGAGAGGCGGGGGCGUGGGGCGUCUACCAACCCCGGGAGUCGGAGUCGAUCGAGGAUCCCGGCUCUUGCGCCGCCUGUGAAGCCGCGGGAUCCUCUGUGGUACAUUCCUGAACAUGUGCCGUUCAGUUUUGCAGAGGUCGAUACGCCGAGUGAAGCACUCAUCACCUAUGAUCCCCUUGGUCCCGAUCGCGUCCCCGUGCUCCCUAUUUCAAGGUACCUUGCCGCGAUUUGCGAUAUUCUGGAGCAGGAGAAGAACUGGGAGAUCCUGUCGUAUGUGCUGUGUCAUUUGUCGGUGCAGCUGGCGAACAAGCACCUGUUUUGUGGGCCCAAAUCGCGGGCAGUCUGUUCGCGAAUGCUGACGAUUUUGUGCCAUGGGAUUUUGGAGGGUGAUUUUGCGGCGCAGAUUGACCGUUGGCCUUUGGGGUUGAAGAUUCGAGACGCGCAUGGGCUGGCGUAUCAUGUCCUUUCUGUGCUCAUCAGUUACGGGCGGUGUUUUGAUCUACGGCAGAAGCAUACGCUGGUGGAGGUUUUCCUUGGAGGACUUGAUGGGCAGCCGAUGACGGUCAAGACGUGUUUGCACUCUUUGUCGAUCACAGCGUUUGAGCUGCAGUCGUCGACGACCAAGUACAUGUCGAGCAUCCUGGAAAAGCUAUCGCAGAUCAUGUCGAACCCGGACAUGGCAGUUCACAUACUGGGAUUCUUGUCGAUUAUCGGGUCGCAUCCCCCUCUGUAUUCGAACUUCACGGAUGGGGAUUUCAAGAUGGUGUUUGGGGUUGCGUUGCAGUAUUUGCAACACUACAUCCAGCAGAGCCAGUCUCCUACUGUGUCGUGGGCGCUUUCUCAGCAUGUGCGGAUACUGUCGUAUUAUCUUGUGUAUGUGUGGUUCCUGGGUGUGAAGGUUCCGGAUCGUCUGCAGCAUAUCCCGUAUAUUACGCGACAGCUUUUGCUGGCAAAUGAAGGGAGGAGUGGGGUGGACAAUGCCACCGAGGUGUGCUUUGACUGGCUGGCACGGUACACGUAUGCGAGUGCUGAUCCGAGGCCUGCGAAUUCGCUGUUGAGCGAGAUGAUCAUGAACCCGACACGGAAGAUGGAGGUGGCAACCAGUGAAAAGACGUGGAUUAUUGGGAACGCGAUUGUCACGAUCCGAACGCUGACUCGGCUGGGGUGGAUUGAAGUGCUGUCUCGCAGGCCGUCUGGGUACACCAAGUUCUUGUGCCGACUGGAGAAUUCGCCUCUGGUGGGGCCUGGAGAUGUGGAGCCUGAUAUGAUGUCUGUGCCUGCAGUGUUGUUGGCUGAUCGGAAUCCUCCGAGAGCGGGAGGGGACGAGGGCGAGGAUGUUCGAGAGUUGUUGUCGAUGGAUGACGAGGAGGAGGGGGAGGAGGACGACGAUGAUGAUUCGACGCCUCGACCUGACCCUGUUACUGGAUAUGUGUGGAGUCGGACUGCACCGUCUCAGAGGCGGAAGGAGGUGGUGAUUGAUCCGGCGUACUUUGCACUGCAGUUGUCUGGAUAUCCUCAGACGUCGUCGUCAUCAUCGUCGCGUCUGAUCUCGGACCAGGGUGCGCUGCGGAGGUUUCUGUCUGCGUUUGACAGGAUGCCCGUCAUUGACACCCACAAGGUUGGCAUACUGUAUGUUGCUCCAGGACAGGUGGACGAGGUGGAGAUUCUGAAAAAUACGCACGGGUCGCCGGCGUAUACGCGCUUUCUGGAAGGGAUUGGGCGGCUGAUCGAGUUGCGGGGCCAGAUCGAUGUGUACGCAGGCGGGCUGAACCCGGACGACGACGGAGAGUACGCGUACGCGUGGUGGGACGACAUCGGCCAGAUCCUGUACCACACCGCGACCAUGAUGCCCUCGCUCCCGACUGACCCGGCUUGCAACAACAAAAAGGCGCACAUUGGCAACGACUUUGUGCGCAUCGUGUGGAACGACGGGGGCCGGCCGUACCGGUUCGACACGUUAUCGACCGAGUUUCAGUUUGUGAACAUUGUGGUCGAGCCGCAUUCGCUGGGCGCCAUUGCCGCGUUUUCAAACAAUCUACACGAGAAUGAGUAUUUCAAGGUUACGGUCCAGAGUGCGGAGGGGAUGAUGGAGUUUGCGCCGGUGGGAGAGUACCGGCUUGUGUCUGCGGAGAACUUGCCGUUGCUAGUGCGGCAGUUGAGUCUGCUCGCUGACUGGUACGCGUCUGUGUUUUCUCGGACGGGCCGGGACACAGAGAGGGUGGAGAUGAAGACAAACUGGCAGGAACGGUUGGAGGCCAUUGGAAGAUUUAAAGAUAAAGUACUACUGCCCGACGACACCGGCGACCACUCUUUUCCUUUCUAG